GCCAACCUUUUCGUUUGGGGCUUUGGAAGUUGCUUUUGCGGGAGAUGGGGGACCCGGAUUUGCCUUUUCUGGAUGAGUUGCAUACUGGCCUCCUGGAUGCCUUGCAAGAUGAUUUACUCAUUUCAAAAAACUUGGCGCACCCAUCCCUGCGGAAAUCAGUGCGGGUGGUGCGUGCAGCCAACUUCACUCUACGAGACCGAGAUCAUGCCAAGUCAUUGCAUUUUAAAUCUCGGCGCAUUUGGUUAGGCAUUCAACUUCCUGGUUCCAGCAAGCGCAAAGUGUUGCCAGAGACCCAUGAAGCUCUUCAGGUGUGGAAGGAUGUCCUCAUUGGCACUCCUUUUUUACAUCAUAUGAUUCCACCUACUCCGAUGCCUCUUCAAGCAUCAGCGGAUGCCUGUGCUACUGCGACAGAAGCCGGAUUAGGUGGCAUCCUUCGUGUGAAUGGGGAGGUUGUUGCCUGGUUUGCGUUCACGAACAUGCCGAAGCUCAACA